UGAGCAUGCGCAACUCAUACGCGCCUGCUCAGUUUUAAGCAGGGACCAGCGUCGCCGAGGUUCUGGCACAAAGCUCUGGGUCAAGUUUUCCGAAUCCAGCUCUCCCCUCCUGCCCCUGCAGCUGGUUUCCGGUCGGGCUGUGGUGGGGCCCAGCUCGAAGACUGUCAGGUUUCCUAAGAUGGCGGACGGAGGCGAUGGAACCGGAGAGGUGACUGGUGCUGGCGGCGCUGCCCCCAUGAAGCCCCCGGACUUUGCUAGGUGGUGGGAUGAAAAGAUGGAUUUUCACACUGCCUUUCUUCAACAUUUGGCAAAAGUUGUUCCAGACAUUUAUUUUGAUGAAAUCGAUCCUUUGCUGGAGAGGGAGGAGGAACUAGCUCAGAUGAAUAUACUCUAUUCUCUAGAGUGGUAUCUGUUUGGGGAAGACCCAGAUGUUUCUCUGGAGAAAUUAAGACAAAAUAGCACCCCUCAACUCUGUGGAAAGGUGUUCAAAAUGGGAGAGACGACAUAUUCCUGCAGGGAUUGUGCAAUUGAUCCAACUUGCGUACUUUGUGUGGAUUGUUUCCAGAACAGCAUUCACAAGAAUCACCGUUAUAAGAUGAACACUUCAACAGGAGGAGGAUUUUGUGACUGUGGGGAUACAGAAGCAUGGAAGGCUGGACCACUGUGUGCAAAUCAUGAACCUGGAGUAGCUGGUGCUAUGAAGGAGACCUCUGAAUGUCAACUGAAUGAAGAGCUAAUGGCACAAGCAAGGAAAAUCUUCCCAUCAGUGAUAAAAUAUAUUGUAGAUAUGACUGUUUGGGAGGAAGAGAAGGAGUUGCCUUUAGAACUAAUGACUAGUGCACAGAAGAUGGACAAAUAUUACUGUGUCCUUUUCAAUGAUGAGCAUCAUUCUUAUGAUCAUGUUAACUACAGUCUGCAAAGAGCUCUUGGUUGUGAGCUUGGAGAGGCACAGUUGUAUACAAAUGCUAUAGAUAAAGAGGGUCGGAAGGCUGUUAUGAAAGGGACAUAUGUUGCUUGUCAGGAAGCCAAAGAAGAAAUAAAGAAACAUUCAAAAAACGUUUCCCAGCAUCCUCUUACUGUGAAGGUUCUUCAUGCUAAUGUAAUGUCGCAUCAGAAAUUUGCUUUGCGUCUUGGUUCCUGGUUAAAUAAACUUAUGAACUAUUCAAGUGACUUUCGCCAGAUUUUCUGUCAAACAUGUCUAAAACAGGAAAUUGAUUCAGAGAAACCUUGUCGAAUAAGCACACUGAUGCUUUGGGAUGCAAACCUGUAUAAAGGAGCAAGAAAGGUCUUACAUGAAUUAAUCUUCAGCAGUUUUUUCAUGGAAAUGGAUUACAAAAAACUUUUUGCUAUGGAAUUUGUUAAGUAUUACAAAACACUACAGAGAGACUACAUCAGGGAUGACCAUGAGAAGCAGAUCUCCGUGACAGCAUUUUCAGUUCAAAUUUUCACCGUUCCUACAUUGGCACGCCAUCUCAUUGAAGAGCAAAAUGUAAUCACUGUCAUAACAGAGACUCUGCUUGAAGAGCUGCCAGAAUAUCUGGACAAAAAUGGCAAGUUCAAUUUCCAGGGUUACAGCCAAGAGAAACUAAGCAGAGUGUAUGCAGUCAUAUGUGACCUCAAAUACAUUUUGAUCAGUAAGCCUACAGUAUGGACAGAAAAGCUGCGGGAACAAUUUUUGGAAGGGUUCCAGUCUUUCCUGAAGGUUCUGUCUUGCAUGCAGGGAAUGGAAGAAAUAAAAAGGCAAAUUGGUCAACACAUUGAAGUGGAUCCUGACUGGGAAGCAGCCAUUGCUAUUCAGAUGCAGUUGAAGAAUGUUCUCUUGAUGUUUCAGGAAUGGUGUGCUUGUGAUGAAAAGUUGUUGGUGACAGCUUACAAGGAAUGCCAUGCAGCAGUAGUGAGAUGUAGUCCAAAUAGCUGUUCAAGGGAGAAGACAGUAAUUCAUUUAUGUGGCCAUACUCUGGAAAGUAAAUAUUUCAAAGUCUCUGCAGAUCCUGUCAGCAUUCAUCUACCGUUGUCCAGAAUGCUUGCUGGUCUGCACAUACAGUUGAUCAAAACUGGAGCGAUCUUUAGAGUACAUGAAUUUAUAUCUUCUGAUAAAUUCCAAGUGCAGCUUCUAGUAGAAUAUCCUUUACGUUGUCUAGCAUUGGUUGCUCAGGUUGCUGCAGAAAUGUGGAGAAGGAAUGGAUUAUCUUUGAUUAGCCAGAUGUUUUAUUAUCAAGAUGUUAAAUGCAGAGAAGAAAUGUUUGAUAAGGAUAUAGUCCUGCUUCAGGUUGGUGCAGCAUAUAUGGAUCCAAACAGUUUUCUGUUGCUGGUACUCCAACGAUAUGAACUACUUGAUGCCUUUAAGAACAUCAUGCCAACAAAAGAUCAGGACUUGAAUAAACAGUGCAACACACUAAUAGAAGAAAUGCUCCAAGUUCUUAUCUAUGUUGUAGGAGAAAGAUAUGUACCAGGUGUCAGUCAUGUGACAAAAGAUGAUGUUACUGUGAGAGAAAUUAUCCAUUUGCUCUGUAUUGAACCAAUGGCUCACAGUGCUAUUGCAAAAUCUUUACCCAAAGAUGAAAACAAUGAGACUGGUAUGGAGAGUGUCAUACACAAAGUGGCCUUAUUCAAAAAGCCAGGUGUAUCGUGCCAUGGAGUUUACGAACUGAAAGAUGAGUGCCUCAAAGAAUUUAAUAUGUUCUUUUACCAUUAUACUAAGACUCAGCACAGCAAGGCUGAACAUAUGCAAAAGAAAAGAAGAGUACAGGAAAACAGAGAUGAAGCACUGCCACCUCCAACACCUCCUGAAUUCAGUGCUGCUUUCAGAAAUGUGGUAAAAAUUCUAAACUGUGAUAUCAUGAUGCAUAUUCUGAGAACUAUUUUGCAAAGAGCACUAGAGCUGGAAAGCCAUCUGUGGACUGAAGUAAUGAUCCAAAUGGUUCUUCACCUCCUUGCUUUGGGUUUAUUGGAAGAAAAACAGCAGUUAGAGAAGGUUCCAGAAGAAGACACCUUUGACUUCUACCAUAAAGCAUCAAGAAUGGGAAGCUCUGCUUUGAACGCAAUGAAUAUAUUAAUGAUUUUGGAAAAACUGAAAGGAAUUCAACAGCUAGAAUCCCAAAAGGAUAUGGUCAAUUGGGUACUGCAAAUGUUUGAAACAAUAAAACGUCUGAGAGAGAAGUCUACUUUGCCAGCAAUUGCUACUUCAUCUGCAUUAGAAUCUACAAAAGUCCAUGAGGUACAAAGCACUCAGGACAAGGAAAAGGCAGAGAGGAAAAGGAAGGCAGAAGCAGCUAGACUACAUCGCCAGAAGAUCAUGGCCCAGAUGUCUGCCUUGCAGAAGAAUUUCAUUGAAACUCACAAACUGUUAUAUGAGAAUACACAAGAAAUACAAGGAAGAGAUGUUAUGGAAGAAGAAAGUUUACUGCCAACCACGGAUUAUUCCAGAAUUGUCUUGGGGCCCCAGAGAGGUCCAUCCUUUACAGAAAAAGAGAUGUUGACAUGUAUCUUGUGUCAGGAAGAACAGGAAGUAAGGCUGGAUAGCACUGCCAUGGUUCUAUCUGCCUGUGUCCAGAGAUCUACUACCUUAACCCAGAACAGGGGAAAAGUGCUUGAACUUCCAGUAGAUCCUCUCUUCAUGGAUAUUGAUUUAUCAUGUGGAAUUCAUACAGGAAGUUGUGGUCAUGUGAUGCAUGCUGCUUGCUGGCAGAAAUACUUUGAAGCCAUUCAGCUAAACUCCCGGCAGCGUCUUCAUGUUGAGCAGGUUUUUGACUUAGAAAAUGGAGAAUAUCUCUGCCCACUCUGCAAAUCCCUGUGCAACACUGUGAUUCCUAUUAUUCCUUUGCAGAUACAGAAGAUAAACAGUGAAGAUGCAGAAUUGGUGGCUCAGCUUCUGCCUUUGUCAAAGUGGAUUGAGAUUGUUAUGGCCAGGAUAUAUGGUUACAGCAAGAAGGGUCAUCAAGAAGAAAAGCAAACCUUUCUAUGCAGUAAAGAAAUAGAAAAUUCUUCAUCAGACUUCCAUUCUAUUCUCAGCUUUGGAGUUCAGCCUUUAGACAGAUAUUCUAAUAGUAUCAAAGAGAUGGUUGUUCUAUUUGCCACCGCAAUUUACAGAAUUGGAUUAAAGACUGCUCCAAAUGAAGCCGAUCCACGCAUUCCUAUGAUGACCUGGAGCACAUGUGCUUUUACCAUCCAGUGUUUAGAAAAUCUUCUUGAAGAUGAGGGCAAGCCUUUAUUUGGAAGUCUACAAAACAGACAGCACAGUGGUCUUAAAGCACUAGUGCAGUUUGCAGCUGCUCAGAGAACUACGUUACCACAAACCUUGAUCCAGCAGCAUCUUGUACGUCUCCUGGGAGUUGUUCUGCCUGGUUUAAAAGUAGAAGAUACUCCAUCCUUUCUUGAUAUAGAUUUGUUUCAUGUUUUGGUUGGUGCUAUAUUAUCAUUUCCAUCUUUGUAUUGGGAGGAUACUGUAGACCUACAACCUUCAUCUAUUAGCUCUGCCUGUAAUCAUCUUUACCUUUUCCAUUUGGUUACCAUGGCACACAUUACGCAGAUUAUUCUCACAUCUACAAUAGCCAUUUCGUGCUCAGAAUAUCCCUCUACUCAGGUACAGGAAGACAGUGAAGAGGCACAUGCUGCAGAUUCUUUUAGUAAAGAAAUUUGCAGAUACACAAAUGGUUGGUAUAGACCGACUGUUCCGGGCUGGUAUUUGUGGGAUUGUAUAAAGAAGGGAAUUUCAUCCUACUUGCGUAGUGCUGCUCUGUUCUUCCACUAUUUGCUGGGGGUGCCACCACCUGAGGAGCUUUUGUUGGUUUCUGAGGAAAGUCACUUCAAGGCACUUUGUGGCUAUUUGUCUCUACCCACCAAUCUGUUUUUGCUUUUCCAAGAACACUGGAAUGUAGUAGAGCCCCUGCUCCAGAGGUGGUGUGCAGAGCCUGCUGUACUGAGCUUUCUAAUGGGGGAACGUACUACAAUCAGAUAUCCAAGGAAAAGAAAUAAAUUAGUUGAGCUCCCAGAAGAUUACAGCUGCCUUUUGAAUCAAGGCUCCCAGUUCAGAUGCCCUCAGUCUUCAGAUGAUGAGCCAAAGUACCCAGUUAUGUGUUUGUUCUGUGGAGCUAUGUUGUGUUCUCUAACCUGCUGUCAGGAGAUGGUGAAUGGGGAAGAGUUUGGACCCUGUACGUUCCAUUCUGCUGAUUGUGGAGCUGGAGUAGGCAUCUUUCUGAAAAUUAAGGACUGCAGACUUAUGCUAAUGGCAGGAAAAAAUAGAGGUUGUUUUUAUCCUGCACCAUACCUAGAUGAAUAUGGAGAAACAGACCCAAAUCUGUCAAGAGGCAAUCCUCUGCAAUUGUGUCAUGAACGGUACCGGAAACUCCACUUGCUGUGGCAGCAGCACUGCAUCAUAGAGGAAAUUGCUCGGAACCAGGAGACAAAUCAGAUUUUCUUUGGAUUCAACUGGCAGCUGAUCUGAGUAGCAGUUUCUUCUAGAUGGGAUUACUAAGACUGAGUCUCUUGACCAAGCAUACAAGAAGUAACGAGAUUUGUUUUAUGGAGAAAAGCUCAGCCCAGGCUCAUGUAUUAAAAUUAAUCACUUCUAAGCAAGUUUAACCUGGUGUGGAAAACACACAGACACAACUUUCCAAAUAUGAAUUUUGAACUAGAACUACAAAUGGCUAGGUUCAAUAGAUAUGGAAUGGCCAGUAGACAUUUUUUGCUGAAGCUAGUUUUCCACUUGAUUCUGUCCUUUGUAUAAUUUCAGUACCCCAAGCCACUUUUUGCCAUUCUUAGAUGUGAUCUUAAUCCCAAUAAAGGAUCAGUAAGCUUUCUCUGAGUGUAAGCAGCAGUUCAAAAAAAUUACAUGUGACCUUUUAAAUGGCCUCAGUGCAUCUGGAUGUAAGAGCAGUGUACUUGGAUUUACCUAAUGUCUCCUUUCUCCAUAUCUGGUUUCUUCCUUCAGCUUAGCAGUACUUGAAAAGUCUGUGAUUAAUCUUUGGGGGAGAAAUAUUUUCAGACAUUGUGUAAAUUAUAACUGUAAUCCAAGUAUGAAGCAGUGCAAUGGGAAGUACACUACACAGGUUGCCCUGUGAAAUUUAAUUAAAAUAAUUUGGAAAAGUUAAAUGUGAGUGCCAGUUCACUCUUUAAAUCAAUGGAAAAGUAAAAAACACUUCCAGUUGGUUUUGAACAUUGUUUUGGCAUUGGUAUAAAUAUAGUCCCACUAAUAUUUCAUGUCUCUGUAAUCACAGUAGUCCAAGAAUUUAUCUACCUGCUAAGUUUGUUUGACUGUGGUAGUCAAUGUUAUCUACAAUAUUGUAGAUCUUGCUUACCUAGUGGCCCACUACAUCCCACAAACUGCAAUGAAACCAAGCCACUUAAAUAUGCUUCCUGUCAGCAUACAAUCUAGGGGACAAUUAAUUAGAAUAAAUAAGUAAAAGUUGAACAUUAUUGUAGUAUGUUCACAAAGGGGUUUUUUCCCCUGAGUUUAUGUUCUGGUUCUAUGGAGACUGCACAUUGUCUGGUGGCCAUAUGCUGGGUCCAUAAACUCUUUUCAUAAUUGUUUCUCUUUUUAGAACAGUGGUGUUGAAAUACUUCAGAGCCACUUUUUCCCACCAUAAUACAGCAAUCAUUCUGUUGGGGCAAGGUUAUGUUAAGCACUAAAACUGAUCAUAAAUAUGCUGCUUAUAACAUUCACCUUUCAGGGAAUUAUCCUUUCUUAAAGGUUAAACUGAAAGGCCUCCCUACUCUUUUAAAAAAUAUAUGCUUGAAAUUUAAGAUGAAAGAUAAGAAACAUGAAUUUGUAUGAUGAUAAAUGAUUUCUAAUUUUAAAAAACUCAAGAAAACAGCAAAAUCAAAAAGCACAUAAUUUUACACAGCACAAUAAUCCUGAGGAAGAGUUUAAAAGCAAAUGUAGGGAAAUUGUGGAUGUUAAUUAAGGUUUUGGUGUUCAGAUAAUUCCUCUGUGUUUUGGUGUAGCUUUGCUUGCUUCUUUAUUUAAGCUUUCCUUUGCAGUGCAUUCAGGCUUCAUAACCUGUUUUACCUUCAGAAUGCUGUCAUGUAGCGUCUUUGGUUUACCUUACUUUCUACUUGUGUUUCUAAACAAACAAACAAAACAAACAAAUAGAAACCCCUCCACUAUUGACUUCAAAACAGAAGUGUAAAGCUGAUCUCCGCUCCCCCCAAGAAAAAUAUUGCUGUUGAGGCAUAUGUGAAGCGUUCUAGCAAUACUGCACAUUAAAUAAAAUGAAGCCAAUGUUCAUUCUUCAGCAAGGGUUUCAAGUUAUUCACCUUUUUUGCUUCUAUGUACAUUCACCCACACCGUAUAGCUGAAUUUGUGCAGCUGCAAUAAAUUUAGCAUGUUCCCACUUCUGUGUUAAUUCAGAAAAGUCAUACAAAACAUCCUGCAUCUGUGUUGUUGUUUUUUAGUGUGGCUAUUUCCAGUAUAUGAAACAACUUUGACCUAGAAAGGGGCAAGCGUGUCCUUAUUAGAGUACCAUUAUGCUAAUUAAGAAGGAAGUUUAAUGCAGAGGACAAGUGCUGCUUUUACCAAGGCAUCCUUAACUGUCAAAUCAUGGAUUAGUUCUUGAAAACAAUGGGCAUAAUCUAGCUGCAUAAUUAACUCUCUUUCACUGAGAUAGGAUUCUAACAUGCUUAACACUGGCUGGGUUGCACUCAGCAAGACUAGCACUGAGUUCACCUCUAUCUGAAUGUUGCCAUUCACUAACACAGAGACAAUGGCCCCAGUUUAGAAGCGUGCAAAUGUAGCAGCUGAGGCUGAAUGCAUGUUGCCCUUUAAAGAGAACAGGAAUCUUAACAGUUGGCUGGGGGACAGGGUUGAAACCAUCCCUCUCCUCACCUCCAGAAUAAGUAAUUGCCUUUAAGGGAUACACACAUGCAGUUCUAGCUGUCAGGUCAGGCUAGAGAGUUAAGCAUGCAGAAUGCAAUUUCCUAGCCAGCUAAGGAUGUCCUUCGAUGGACAUACAACUCCCAGCUGGAUUGUUGCAGUGGUCAGGUUCUUGUUCAGAUUAUAUUAUACUAUAAUUUUUCCUGUUUCGAGGAAAAUGGAGGAAAGAGCUUCACUUUUUAUGUGUUUGGACUUUGCUAGCAAAUAUGCUUGAGGUGUGUGCACUGGACAAGGAUGAAUGGUCAUUUUUCAUUUCAUUAAUUACUAUGCAGUUUGGUUCACUGUGAGUAUAAUCUGUAUUCAGUAAAUCCACAGUGGUAAAGCCACUGAUUUGAAUUAUAAGGAAGAAGAACAGAGUUUAUUUACAUACAUGCAUAUACUGAAAUUCUUUGAUUGCGAAAAUGUAAAUUUGAGCCUUGUAUAAUGUUCUAGUCGUUUUAAAAUCCUAUAUAUGUAUAUUUAAAAAAAGAAAUAAAGUAAGUUCUUGUAAA